ACAUAAAUUUUCAAUUUUCUGCUUUUAUAUUUUAUUCAAAAGUAUUAAAAAGACAACUGUGUAAGUUUUAAGAUUGCUAAAUUUUAGACUAAAGCGCGAUUGCAUUAAGAUUAUAGAGACCAAACGCACCUUGACAGAAUUAAACGCUUGAAAUACAAAAGUCUACAACAUCAGGCUGCAAAAAUUGGAAUUUAUGACAAGCGUUUUAGUACCAGACAUGGAAACGUUUAACAAAGUUUAAUAAACCCUAUGAUUAAAAGUUUAAUAAACCCUAUGAUUAAAAGUUUAAUAAACCCUAUGAUUAAAAGUUUAAUAAACCCUAUGAUUAAAAGUCUAAUUUUGUUAAAUUUAACAAUCCUCUCCCUAAGCACAACAUUCGCUCAUUUAUUGUUUUCCGGCUUUCCCCCUUACUAUUUCCGACACAGAGUUGAAAUACAAGGGAUGUACAGGGACGCAUCUUCAAAUAAAUCAAAAAAAUUGCUCUAUGAUGAGAGUGUAUAAUAAUAUAUUUUGCCAGCUCUAUGGUGAGAGUGUGUAUAAUAAUAUCUUUUGCCAGCUCUAUUGUGAGAGUGUGUAUAGUACUCUAUUUUGCCAACUCUAUGGUGAGAGUAUGUAUAAAAAUAUAUAUUUUGGCAGCUCUAUGGCGACAGUGCGUAUUUUGCCAGUUCUAUGGUGAGAGUGUGUAUAGUAUUCUAUUUUGCCAGCUCUAUGGUGAGAGUGUGUAUACUAUUCUAUUUUGCCAGCUCUAUGGCGAGCAUAUGAAUAGAGUAUACUCCUUGUGUUGGCUGACAGCCAUCAUUAAGUUUAGUACACAAUGAACCUCAAGCCUUGUUAUUUCUGUGGGCGGGCUGGUCAACUCCACUGUGGGGGGUGUGGUAAGGUAUCUGCUUGCUGCUCCGCCCAUCUAAAUCUGCACAGGAGAGGGAAGGAGCCUUGUUUCCCCUGGGAGAUCCUAGAGAAACCACUUGUUGGAAGAUGUAUGGUUACUUCUAGGAAAGUUUGUGCCGGAGAAACACUGUUUCAGGAGGAACCUGUUGUAAUAGGUCCAAAUCAGGUGGGUUCACCCAUCUGCCUCUCCUGUUAUUCAUCUAUAGAUCUGCAGUAUAGAUGUACAUCUUGCCAGUACCCGCUCUGCGGACCAGACUGCCAAACCAGUUCUGUACAUGCAGAGGAGUGUGCUGUACUGAGUAGAGGGGAGCCACCAGUUUUUCAGGAAGAAAAUACAGAAGCUUACCAUUGCAUUCUUCCACUUAGACUGGUAUUGCUGAGCAGAUCAAACCCGGAUAUAUUCAACCUGACUGACCGGCUUAUGGACCACGAGGAGGAGAGGUCACAAGGGGAGGACUGGCAGAUAACGGAAAGAACAGUUGUGAAGAAUAUUCUAGAGAUCUGUAAAGGAGAGGAAAUUGAGAAAUUUACUAUUCAAGAGGUUCGCAGAGCUGUAGGAGUACUUGAAGUAAACAGCUACGAGGUUCACAGCUUUGUCAGGUGUGGAUAUCGUGGUUGUUUUCCAGCUGCAAGUUUACUUUCACAUGGUUGUGUUGCAAACUCCAGACAUAUUUGGAGUACUACACCACCAUACACAAAUACAUGCAUAGCAACUGUUGAUCUAGAGAAAGGGGAGGAGAUUAUCACUAGUUAUCAUUUACCAACUACCUGCUCAAUACUCAGACGUCCUAAACUGCUGGCAGGUUGGUAUUUCGAAUGCAAUUGCAAGAGAUGUGAGAGUGCUGAUGAACUCGGAACACAUCUGAACACCCAGAUUUGUAAAGGGUGUGGUAGCCCCUCCCUCCUUCCAACCACGCCCCUUCAGAUAGGUUCUGACUGGGUGUGUCAGAACUCUGAGUGCCUCUACAGGGAAAGUGAGAAAGAUGCACUGAAAACUGCAACCGAUCUUGUCGAUCAUAUAAAAACGAUCUCAAAGAGUGACAGAUAUAAUAUCCAGCUCUGGUUGGAUAUACUGGAUAAAGCCGAAAGUCAAGUACAUCCUCAACAUGAAGCAGUCAUAGAGAUUUGUAAGUGGCUGCUCCCAAUAUUCUGCCGUGGACCAAACACUAGAACUCAGGACUAUGCUCUGGACUUGCUCCGGAGAAAGAUUGAACUUGCUAAACGACAAACCAGGGUUCUUAAUGUAAUAGAACCAGGGAUCAGUAAGACCCGAGCAAAAGCACUGUAUGAGCUAAUAGAAACUGAGAUAUAUCUUCUGGUUUCGUAUCCACAACUAUUUGGAGAGUUUAAGAAGAACCCGGAGAACCUGGAUAUAUCCAUUCCAUAUCAUCAGGGUUUAGUUGCGGACCGAAUAGAUGAAUGGAUGACGACAUGUCAGGAUAUUUUGAGGAUUUUUGACAGACUGGGAUCCAAUCCUGGAUUCGAAACAAUCCUAUGCACAGCUUCAAAAAAUAUUCUAAAAAGGUGUUCAUGUAUGAGGACUGAGUUAAAAACUGGAAUUGUUGGCAAGGAGUGGAUUAAGUUUAAACUAGGUUGGAGUUUAUUGGAACUUUGGAAAUAUGAUGGUUAGAUGGAAAAUAUAAAUAUUUUUAGAAAA